CUCAGUAGAAACUGUGCCUGAUUUGUGGCCGAUGUUGGAGAUGUAACCUAGAGGAGGGGGGAGAAAAAGGAGAAGGAGGCAAAAACACUACGAGGAGGGUAGCUAUGGAGAUGGAGCGCUUUCCUGCCUGCUUUCUUUGACAGGUGUCGAGUAAGGGAGGGUAAAGAAGGAAAAAAGUCUUGAAAGCAGAGUCCAACAUGUACGCCAAAGGUAAAGGAGCUGUCGUGCCGUCCGAUAGCCAAGCGAGGGAGAAGUUAGCUUUAUACGUCUACGAGUACCUGCUACAUGUCGGCGCUCAGAAAUCAGCACAGACCUUCCUGUCUGAGAUUCGGUGGGAGAAGAACAUUACUCUAGGAGAGCCCCCAGGAUUCUUGCAUUCAUGGUGGUGUGUAUUCUGGGACCUGUACUGCGCGGCUCCGGACCGACGCGAAACCUGUGAGCAUUCCAGUGAGGCCAAGGCCUUCCAUGACUACAGCGCAGCAGCAGCCCCCAGUCCGGUUAUGGGAAACAUGCCCCCUAAUGAUGGAAUGCCUGGAGGACCCAUGCCCCCUGGCUUCUUUCAGGGCCCUCCCGGCUCGCAGCCGUCUCCCCACGCACAGCCUCCCCCACACAACCCCAGCAACCCCAUGAUGGGACCCCAUGGCCAGCCGUUCAUGUCUCCGCGGUACCCAGGUGGACCCCGGCCGUCCCUCCGUAUGCCAAACCAGCCUCCUGUUGGAGUUCCAGGGUCACAGCCACUCUUGCCAAACAGUCUGGAUCCCACUAGACCACAAGGACAUCCCAACAUGGGCGGCCCAAUGAGAAUGAAUCCGCCUCGAGGGAUGGGUGGCAUGGGCCCACAGAACUAUGGUGGGAUGAGGCCACCUCCUAACUCUCUCGGUGGGCCUGGCAUGCCAGGAAUGAACAUGGGUCCAGGAGGGCGAGGUCCUUGGCCGAAUCCCAACACUAACUCUAUAGCAUACUCCUCUUCAUCUCCGGGCAACUACGUGGGUCCUCCAGGAGGAGGUGGGCCUCCAGGUACCCCCAUCAUGCCUAGUCCAGGAGACUCCACGAACUCCAGUGAAAAUAUCUACACAAUGAUGAACCCCAUCGGUCCAGGAGGCAACCGGCCCAGCUUCCCGAUGGGUCCAGGCCCUGACGGCCCGAUGGGAGGGAUGGGCUCCAUGGAGCCUCAUCAUAUGAAUGGAUCAUUAGGUUCUGGUGACAUGGAUGGGUUGCCAAAGAACUCGCCCAACAACAUGGCAGGUAUGAACAACCCGCCGGGCACACCACGGGACGACGGAGAGAUGGGCGGAAACUUCCUCAACCCGUUCCAAAGCGAAAGUUAUUCACCCAACAUGACGAUGAGUGUGUGAUUUCUUCUUUUUUUAUUAUUUGAAUUUUUUUUUUGUUUUAUUUUAUUUUGUAUUUGUUUUGUACCCUUCCGACCCUCGUUCCUUUUGAACCCUCUCCACUCUGGCUCCCACCCCUGCCCGUGGGAUUUUGGGCCGGGACCCCUGCGCAGCCUCCUGGGACUCAGGCCAAGGCGGCCCAUUCCGGGGCGUGCAAAAUGGCCUGCAACAGGAAGCAGCCCCCGAGCCACAGGAAGAGCCUGCUGACUGACUCGCCCUGCCUGCCGGGCUUUCUCUCUGGCUCAGGACACUGAAGGGGGGCUUCAAGACCGUGUAUAUACACACACACACACACACACACACACACAUAUAUAUGUAAAAGGAUGGACUGAUGGGCAGGAACGCGUGAGCCCGCAGCGCUCGACUUAGGCUGCUCGACUCCUUUUAAAACUCACUCCAUCUCUUGUUAUCUUGUCGAUUUUGAGUUUUGUUCUUUCUUUAUCAAUGCAGUAGUUUUCACAUCAGGAUUUCUGAUCCUGUUUUUUUUUUUCACCCCCAUCCUUCAUUUCAAUGUGUACAUUUUUAAAUGCAAGAGUGAACUCAUGAAGAUGUGAUGGGCUAUGAAAGUUUUCAUUAUUUUUGUGUAUGUAUUGUAUUAUUAAUAAUUAUUGUUUUUUUGUAUUAAUAUUGCAAUGAUUAUUGAUUAGGGUAUUUUUCCUCAGAAGGGCACAUUGUAUCUCAAUAACCACGAAACCGACAGAGUAAGCACAUUCUCGAUACAUGGCGGGAAACGUCCUAUGAUUUUUGUGAUUUUAGUCUGUUUUAUUGUUUUGGGGCUGAAAGCUUUGUAUGUUUUUUUUUUUAAUUGUGUUUUGAAAUUCCAGUAUAGCUUCAGUGUCCCAUUUGAGAAAAGCGUUCCAGGGUGUAAAGCAUUUCAGUAACUUCACUCCAAGCUGUUGCAGUCAUCAGGUUCUCUAUCCAGCAGUCCAGGGUCACUGUAACUCAACAUAACCUGGCCUGGGACGUAAUUUUCACUCCUAGUCUAUUUUCAGGUUUUUUUUUGUUUUUUUUGGUUGUCGUUCUUUGGCUUAAUUGUUUUUGUUUUUUUAAACAGAGUGGAAAAAUGCUGUUGCCCCUUAGCCGAAAACCUGUUCGCUUAAAGAAAGGCAUUUUAUUGUGGUACUAUAAAUAGUGGUUAUAAUUCUUAUUAUAACUCGUCAUAUUUUAUUUAUUAUUUUACCUUUUUUUUUUUUAAUGAAUUGUUGUGCGUAUGUCUUGCAACAUGCAACGCUUCAGGACAUAUUGUAAACAUGUAAAUAUGCCAGUCUAAGAUACCUCCUACUGAUUUGUACCGUUGUACCCUCUGUAUACUCUGCCCUGUUUUUCAUCCCCGCCCUCCAGCAUGUUCCGAAAAACAAGGCGUCUCGGGGAAACAGGCGCCCGCUGAGACACAGUCACGUGGUUUUUGUUCUUUCCGAUAGAAUGGAAAGAACUUCUUUCGGAGGCUUCUUUCGGCUCAGCAGCGCGUAGCAGAGGAGGCCGCCGGUCCUCCGCCUCGCCCCGGCUUCGGCUCCUGGAACACAUUUUGUUUGAAUCCCCCUAAAAAUCUGCAGAUCUUCAGUACAUUUGCUGAUGUUCCUGCAAGGUACUGUCACAGUGUCUGUUCCCAAGUCUGUUGUACAGACGUUCUGCAAAACUGUGUGGUUGAAAUCAUGGUCGAACGCUGCUUGUAAAUACUCCCCGGCUACUGUGUUGUUACUAGCCAAACUAAUCUGACUGUGACUUUUAUAUUUUCCCUGUUGGAACACACUGCUUUGGAAGACUACCUAGAACUGCCACCCUGAACCUCCAUCCAGGUUUCUAACAGACAUUCAUGUCUCAAAACCAUCGACGUGACCGGCUCCACGAUGGGUGCUUCUCGUUGAAAACUGACUUUCUCAAUCUUCUUGUGUCUCGAGGCCCUCGACACAACACACUGUGGCUGUGAACCCACAUCAACGUACGGUCUCCUCAUCACUCAGCGUCGGUGCAGAGUUCCUCCUGUUUUAUUUUCUUUUCCCACCUGUUUGUGUUGCAUUUAAGCAAAAUGUGUUUUAGGAUUCAGUCUUGCGCUAAGGAAACUAUCCUCAGCCGAAUAAACCACCGAGGAGAGGCGUGUGAAAUGGUCAGUAAGAGGUAAUGAGUGAUGGACGGGGCCCUCAAUGCUAGGAGCCUCUCGUUUCACUCUUUCACUUCAGCGUACUCCCAAAGCCUCUUCAGCUUUCAGUCUGUCGCCCCCCCCCCUCUAAACACAACGUGUCUCUUCUGUUUCUGUUCUGUUUGGCUGUUGUAAAUACUGUAAAAUGCAUUUUGAUAUCAUUGACAUGUUUUGAUAUUUCCGUCACUACCAAUGUACACAGCGCUGGUAAAAAAAAGAUGUAAAGGAAAAAAAAACAAUUCACCUUUAUAGCUGAACAGACAGCAAACUCUCAGUCCCUGGCCAUUCCCCCACUGUACAACCAACACAAGACAAGUGGAAAAGGAGGGAACAUUUGGUGAACCCCUUUUUGUACUGACACAUUUAUUUAAAAGAUAAUAAUAAUGUAAAGAUGAAAGUUUGAUUUGUGAAAAGGUACCAGGUGGUGAGAGGCAGCUCUGUAGCAGAAAAAACACACGGUCCCUCCUCACACACUCUGGCAAACGUGUUUCAGACUUCAGUGCUCAGGAUCAGCGUUCGUCUUUUAGGAAAGACGACGUUACGUGGUUCCCCUGGAGACAGGAAAAGAAGAUGUGAGCGUUAAGGCCUUAGUAUACUUUCAGCAGAAAGAGGCUCACGAGGGUUGCGCAAAGCCGAAACCAAGCUUACAAGCUUGAAUACUUUCUGCGGUUUCGUUUUGGCUUCGUUUUUGGUCCGUUUGCACUGACCAAUCACGGGCUUUGUUCGUUUUCUCCACAGUUACGUCAUACUGUUCGCCAGAGCCAGAAACCGCAGGAGAUAUAGCGAGGCUUUUUGCUAUUUUGGGUUUUUUUGUUUGUUUUUCUCUUUGUCCAUUUUUUUUUUGGUCACUCAUGUUAAUUGAACGCUGGUCUACCUUUUAAAGCCUUGUGUCCUUUUUUGUUUUUUGUUUUUUUUUGGGCACUGUCUCCAGGGAAACCACGUCACGUUUUCAAAAACGACAAAAACAGCCCAUUACACAAACACGUUUCACAUUCUCGCGAAAACUUGCGCGUCUCCGAAACGUGAAGGGACCACAGACUUUGCUAUGAAGGAUUUCUCUUUUUUUUUAAAUCUAUUUAAACUAAAAAUGUAUAAAAAAAGGAAGAAAAUUAAGAAAAAGCGUGUCUACAACUUGUAAAAAGUAGUAAUAAAAAGGGAGGAAGCAUCGGGAGAAGCUGUUUUUCUAGGUUGCCGUUGUCCUCGCCCUUGUUCUCCGUGUAAAACUUGUCACAUCGGCCGUUUCCGUUCCACCGUCGUGCUGUAUGAUGUACCAUUAGCAGGAAUGGCAGGGAGGUGAGGAUGCGUAAAAGGGGUCGGGGGUGAGAUCAUUUUUCUCCUGCGCCGUUUCAUCGUUCUUUCCGAGAAACAAAACAACAAAAAAGCAGUAUUGAGUAUGAAGCAGUGGCCUCCUCGGUUUUGCUUUGUAUUUCAUGUUAGGCUAGUUUGGAUCCUCGUCUUAGGGACUUUUUUCGUGUCUCGUGUAGUUAACGAAGUCCUUUGUAUGUUUCUUUAUAUUGUAAAGUUUCUUUAGACUGAAAAAAGUCGUUUAUUGAAAAGAUGGGAAAACUGCAUCAAUAAUAAAUGUAUUUUUUUUUGGUUGUUUUCUUUUUUUUCAUGGAGUCGUCACUUAUUUUUGCUCGUGUCCCUUCGUUGUAGAUACAAAUUUAAGACUAAUAAAAUAACGUAACCCCUUUUA